GUUCCCGACUGCAAGCAAUCAGCUCCUUUGCGGGAGCACAUGCGCACCAUUCUCGGUGACCGUGAAGCUGCCAGGGAAGUUUUUGCUUCCUCCCAGGGCAGCAGCGAGGCACAAAAGGAUCCCAAGCAGGAUCCCGUUAGAAGGCUCAGUCUCAGUGCUGCCUUCCACAAGUUGAUUGACCCUAUCCAGCGACUGCAGUCGAAGGAGGCUAUAUCCAAGAGGCCAAGCGAGAAGCCGAAGCGAGAAGCCGAGAAGCCGGACAAGAAAGGCUCAGCACUUCGCUUAGAAUACCAGAACCUCUUGAAAGCUCCGAAGGUGCAAACAUCUUUGAAAAGACUUCCAAUACCCGCGCUGGCAGCAUGCAAGAAAGUGGUGCUGAAGGCUAUAGCAGACACUCCUAACGAAGAGACCCUGGGCACAGAUACCGUGGAGGCGAUCACGUCCGCAGCAUGGCUACAGCUGCGGUUGGUCACAGCUGUCGAUGCUGGGCUCGACCUGCUGGCGUUGGCCUGCCUGUGUUUGGUAACCUAUACUUGUGGUUUUGGCGAUGGCAUCUAUGGUCAGCCGGCGUUGUGGACGUUGGCAUUUAUUCACGCAAAGGAAGCUAUUGAAUGGAUAACGCAGAUUGGCCAGCUUGCCUUUGGCCGUUUGUUGGAUCUUCUGCAAGCUUCUGAUGACAAGCUGUAUAUGAUCUGUGGCAGAAAUUCUGAUGAUGAGGAGAUAGCUGCUUUACGCAAAGAGAUCACACAAGCUGCAUCUUUGGCUCAUCCGGCUCUGAGCCUCGAAACUGCAGCUGAUCUGCUGUUCCUGGUCGUUGGCUACCUUGCCAUUCUUCCUCAGAUGGGGCUAUGCAGCGGGGAGUCGCCGGUGCUGGAAAAGGUCUUUCUUCCGUGGUUUUGCUCGAUGUACUGGCUGCGAUUUAUGUACAGCCUUCGUGGAGAGCGGUGGCUGGGACCUUACUUACUACCCAUCCUAUCAGCUGUACGUGACACUGUGGCUUUCUUCUUUGUCACCAUGGGGUGCAUCGCGGCUGCAACACACGCCUACGUGAUCCUGGGGCCCCGUGGUGAGGACGCCUUUCCGCUCUAUUCUGCUUUCACCCAUACCGUUCGUCUCGCCAUGUUCGGAGAUUUUGAUCUCUUUGAGUACCAGGGCCAGGACACACUGUUUGAGCAGAAUCAGACGAAUCCAAAGCUUUGGGAGCCGGUGGACCCGGAGCCCAUAGGUGAAGAUCUGGAAACAAAGACCUACCUCUACUUGCAAGGCUUAUUCUUUUGCACCGGUAUUGGCGUCCAAGUCCUACUCAUGAACUUGUUGAUCGGUAUUCUUAGCCAAAAUUACGAGAUGCAGCAAGGAAGGGCGCAGGUCCUCUUUGUGCAGGCCCGGGCGCGCAUGUUGCUUGAACAGCAGCGCCGGCCUUGGGCUCAGCUCAAAGAACUUCGUAAGUUGUUCCAUAAGGUGUCACCGCGAUGGGCCAAAGGUUCUAACGGCCAGAAGACUGAGCCAGUACAGCACGGGCCAGCCGAGGAUGACAAGAUGCAAAAGAAGUUCGACAACCUCCCGUCAAUAUACCGGCAGUGUGCCAGCUGGGGAAUUGGGGCCCUGGUCCCUCUUCGGUAUGUCCUGGCUCCCCCUCGUAGUGGCCCCUUGUUGACUGCUGAAGGCCCCAAGCCUGAAGACAUAUGGAGGCGCUUCCGUGCGCGCAUGGUGUACAAACCCGUGGUGAGCUGUCCGUGUCUGUCGUUGAUAUUCCCCGUGAUAUCCAUCGUGCUGCUGGCCCUCUCACUCGCGAGUUUGCUGGUCUUCGUUGCUGUGGCCCUGGUCCUACGCCUGGUGGGCAUCCAGGUGAAUGGCCUCCAUUACACCGUGAACUUUGCUGUGUUCGGCCUCUUCGGUGAUCGUUGGGCUUCUGAAUGCGAGAUUCUUGCGCUUGUCCGCCCUGGCGCAGAUGAGCUCAGAGGCAUGCGGAGUGAACUCAAGGAGAAGAUACAAAAGGUGGAGAAGACUCUGCAAGAGCAGCAGAAGACACUCCAAGAUUCGCAAAAGGCACUCCAAGAUCAGCAGGAGACUGUGAAAAGCUUGGAUGGCAAAAUGGACACAAUACUUGAGCUCCUUCGAGAAAGCCGUCCCAGCUCCCCUUCUCAGUGA